AUGACUCCCUCACUCACUACCGAAAAUUAUGAGGAGGAUACGGGAAAGAUGGAAAUUGGAUCAAUGCAGUCUUUUUCUUCUUCUCAUAGAAUGAGAUCGGAAGUCUAUAAAACGACAGAGAAGGGUCCGAAAAUUACUUUCAAACGUUCGGAAGUGAAUAUCCACAAUGCUUCAUCAUCAUCAUCUUGUUCUUCAUCAUCCUCCAAUAGCUCUUCAUCCUCAUCAGGCUCUUCUAGGGCAUCAAACUAUGAACCACAAUCAAAGAAGAAUUCAAAAUACAUUGGAACAUGCUCUCCAGAGCAAGAGGAUCCCAACGAACAUUUAAUAUUAAAUGAACCACUAUCUCCUUCGUCCAAAGGAUUGAUCAAAACUAUAAUGAAAAGUACUGUCAAUGGAGGAAUUGAAAUUAAAAGAUUGGACACGAUAAAGGAACCGUUCACAACACCACGUUCGGGCGCAUGUGGAGACGGUAUUUUAUCUCCCAAGAGUGCUCAAGAACAGAUACCACUUUCACCAAUUGAGCCGAAGAAACAGGAUACCGUAAAAGAUGUAUCAAGUGAAUCUCAAAGCAAGCCGAGAAAUCAACAAAGCGCUGUUAAGGUCGAAGAGAAAGAAUUCACAACUCAGCAAAAUGUGGUGCCCCAAACACCAGAAAAAGAAAAACGAAAAAUACAAGUAGUGAAAUUGAACGUUGGAGGAAAAUUAUUUCAAACGACAUCUAAAACUUUAAAAAAGUCAGAAAUUCUGUAUUACCUUUAUCGAAGCGCCAAUUCCCAGAAAAAAAAAGAAAAUUCAAUUGAAGCUGUAACAGACGAAAACGGCGUCAUUUUCAUUGACAGAGACCCAAAAUAUUUUAUUCACGUGUUGAAUUAUUUGAGGGACGGCAUGCUCGUUGGAUGUAUUGAAGACCUCUCACAUGGUAUGAUUGAGCACAUCAUUCAUGAAGCAAGUUAUUUCAAAAUUUUUGGAUUGAUCAACGAUAUUGAGGAACAACAAAUUAGAAAUGUAAAAUUUGAUCAAGCCACGUUGGAAGAUUGCCAACUACGGCAUUACAACCAAGAAGUGGUCAAGAGAUCAGAAUCAGGUUCGCUUUACUCAUGUCUCGAUUAUGUCAUGAACAAGAAACGAAUUUCUCUUUGUAAUAAUCCAUACAGAUAUUACACCAAGUUUGUUCUCCGCUAUGGAGAUUCAAGCAAUUUAGCAUUGGGAGUAACAUGUAAACAAGCAGACAAAUGGAAACGAUUUGAAAUACUCAAAAAAAUCAAAGAAAAAGAUACUAUUGCCAUAUGGUAUAACUAUGAAGCUGAACAGCUUGUUCUGUAUUGGAACGAUGUCCAAGUUCAAAGAAAAACAUUUAAAAUAGAUUCCAACGAUUGGGUAUUUCAUGUGGAAAUGUUUGCUGACGACAAUUAUUGUGGAUUGAAGAUUGUUCAAACUACUCAUCCUCAGUUAAGCACAACACCGGAAGAGACGAAUGUGAAAUAA